AAUAUGUCGUCGGUAAUAACCGGUAAGUUAUUGGUUCAUUCAAUUCGAAACCCUAACCACUGCAAGUUGCAACGAUCCAAUUUCAAAAUUUGAACUUUGGCGCUCUCUUCACUUCCUCACCAAAUCUGACGCUCCAUUUCCUUUCCUUUCUCAGUAUUGCUCUCUCCAUACACUUACCAAAAACAAUGGGAGCCCAACAUAGCCGCGAAGAUCUGAAUCUCUCAGACUCAGACUCAGACUCAGACUCAGAAUACCAACAAGAAGAAACCGAAACCGAAACAGAAACCGAAGAAGAAAGGUACGACACCCCAGAGAAAUCAGCCUCUGAUUCCAAAAGACCGAAAACUCCUUCUUCUUUGGAUGAUGUGGACGCCAAACUCAAAGCCCUGAAGCUCAAGUACCCUUCUUCUUCUCCUCAGAGUAAUACCCUAAACCCCAAUUUGAAAAACAAACUCAAACUCUAUCUUCAUAUUGGCAGCAAUACCCCUAAAGCCAAAUGGGUUCUAUCAGAGAGACUCACUUCUUACUCCUUCAUUAAAACCUCCAAACUCCACAAUGACAGUGAGUCUGAGUCGGAAUCUGAAUGCGAAGAGGCCGGUUUUUGGGCGUUGAAGGUUAGUAGUAAAAUUAGGGUUAAAGUUUGUGCUGAAACUCAAUUAAAGACUUUUAAAGACCAACAUCGUGUUGAUUUUGUUGCUAGUGGUGUCUGGGCCUUGAAAUUUUUUAAUCAUGAGGAUUACCGUAUGUUUGUUGAUAAGUAUAAUGAUUGUUUGUUCGAAAACAAUUAUGGAUUUGAAAAUAAUGAAGCUAAUAAGGUUAAAGUUUACGGAAAAGAUUUUCUUGGGUGGGCGAAUCCUGAGAAGGCUGACGAUUCUAUGUGGGAGGAUGCAGAUGAUAGUUUCUCGAAAAGUCCGGGCUCAGCAGUUACUCCGGUUAGGGAUAAUCAACAUUUGAGAGAGGAGUUUGAGGAGGCAGCAAACGGAGGGAUACAGAGCUUGGCAUUGGGUGCAUUGGAUAAUAGCUUCUUGGUUGGUGAUUCAGGUAUUCAGGUUGUUAGGAAUUCUGCCCAUGGGAUUCAUGGUAAAGGUGUUUAUGUCAAUUUUGGCGACAGUGGGGCUCAAAGGAGUGGCUUGAGUUUGGCCCAUUCGACUCCUAAGAAAGCAUUGCUUAUGCGUGCGGAAACUAAUAUGUUGCUUAUGAAUCCAAAAAAGGAUGGGAACCCACAUUCUACUGGUUUACAUCAGCUUGAUAUUGAGACUGGGAAGAUUGUUACACAGUGGAAAUUUGAGAAAGAUGGAACUGAUAUUACUAUGAGAGACAUUGCUAAUGAUAGCAAGGGAGCUCAGUUGGAUCCAUCGGGGUCGACAUUUUUGGGAUUGGAUGAUAAUAGGCUUUGUAGGUGGGAUAUGCGCGACCGUAAUGGGAUUGUUCAGGAACUUGUAGAUGCUAACGCCCCUGUUCUAAAUUGGACACAAGGGCAUCAGUUCUCAAGAGGGACAAACUUUCAUUGUUUUGCUAGUACUGGUGAUGGAUCGAUUGUUGUUGGGUCUCUUGAUGGGAAAAUUAGACUGUAUUCAAGCAAUUCUAUGAGGCAGGCAAAAACAGCUUUUCCUGGCUUGGGAUCACCUAUUAAUCAUGUUGAUGUCACCUUUGAUGGGAAGUGGAUAUUGGGUACUACUGAUACGUAUUUGAUCCUCAUCUGUACUCUGUUUACAGACAAGGAUGGUAAGAUGAAGACAGGUUUUAGUGGUCGUAUGGGAAAUAAGAUUGCUGCACCCAGAUUGUUGAAGCUGAGUCCUUUGGAUUCACAUUUAGCUGGAGUUAGUAACAAGUUCCGUAAUGCUCAAUUUUCGUGGGUGACUGAAAAUGGAAAGCAGGAGCGCCAUUUGGUCGCAACAGUGGGCAAGUUCAGUGUGAUAUGGAAUUUCCAGCAAGUGAAGAACGGGUCACAUGAAUGCUACAGAAAUCAGGAGGGACUGAAGAGUUGUUAUUGCUACAAGAUAGUCCUAAAGGAUGACUCAAUCGUCGACAGUUGUUUUAUGCACGACAAGUUUGCAGUGACUGACUCUCCAGAGGCUCCACUGGUAAUUGCAACUCCUAUGAAAGUUAGCUCUUUUAGCAUUUCAAGCAGGCGAUGACAAGCUGCGAAGAACUGAGGAUGAUACCCUUUACUUGACCACUUCUCGGCGUCGCCAUUGUCGGGUAGCUCAUCAUGGUCUGUCAUAAAAACUAAUUGUAUCUUUUUAUUGUUGUUUAGCUGAGAUAACCUAGAAUUAUCUUCAGAUAGUGAAUUAGUCCAUUUGUAUAAGAAGCUUCCUGUAAUUCCAUUACUACUCUGCUGCUAUCUAUGGUAUGGUGAACAGCUACUUUGAUUGGUUUCUUC